AUGAAGAGGAAGAAAAACUGUAGUGAUCCUCCCUCCUCCUACUCGAAGAACAAAUGUAAUCAUCCUUCCUCCAUUGAUUCCACUGUUGAUCCCACCUUCUUCAAUCCAAUUGAUCCCACUGUUAAUCAUCCACCAAGUUCAUCCAACCUCAUAUGCAAUGAGGACAUAUUUUUCUUCAACAAAAAUCGCAAACAGUGGUGUGAGAACUGCUUUAAUUAUAGGCCUUUGUUAUUGGAAAUGCCACAAGUCGAGAAUGAAGUUGAAGCUGAUGAUGAUGAAGCCCAAGCUCAGGAUGUCCCAAAUUCUUCCACCACUGGUGUCCCAAAUUCUUCCACAGCUGGUGUCCCAAAUUCUUCCACAACUGGUCUUCCUCCUGAUCCAUUGUAG